AUGACGAGGAAAGAAAUUUCAGAAGGAGACCAAAACGUGCUCUCCCUCUUGUUGGACCCGUCUCAGCCGUUCGACGCAAUCAAGUCUCGUGCGGCGCAACGAGCCGAGGCCAAGCGAACCUUGUUACAGUUUGAGUCCCAGUUUGAUGCUGACGAGCUGAGAACUUACAAAAAUCUUCUGGUUGAGGGGAUUCGGAAGAUAGAAGCCAUCAAUUUCGCGGUGGGCAUGGACGAUUCUCAAAUUUCGGCGGUGGCGGCGGAUGCGCUCGUUGUUUUUGAGCGCGCAAAAGAACUGCUGCCAGUCCAUCCCGGAGCUUUCAACGAUACUGCGCAGGCUUACCGCCUUCUGAAGAAGGACCAACUCGCCUUCCGCUCGCUCGACAAAGCAAUAGAGCUCAGCCAAGGAAAAGGGAGCGUCGCUUGCCAGGCAUUUCUUCAACGAGCGCUGUUAAAACAACUCAAGCUCGACGAGAAAGGAGCGCUUGCUGACUUCGAAAAGGCUGCUGCACUUGGUUCUGAGUUCGCAGCUUCCCAGAUGGUGAAACUGAACCCUAUCGCAAAGCUAUGCGAUAAGAUGGUUUCCAUGAUGAUCAACGAAGUUCAGAACUCUCCAGCUAAACCAUCAUAG